GGCCAGCAGUGGUUCGAGGGGUCUUUAAUACACAAUAUUAUUAUUACACUUGCUCUCCGUUCCUUGUAAUAUUCUCUCGCUGCUUACUUCCCUUUUAAAAAAACAUUUUCGAAACACCAAACAACAAGCAAAGUGUGAGAGUCAGCAGAGAUAGAGAUGAACGUCCUUGUUCUUAUGGCGCAUACUUACAAUAGGCUCAUCUCAUCUUAGAAUUAUUAUUAUUGUCCUUCUUCUCUUGCUCUGUACUUUUACUUUCCUCACAAAUUUAAAUACCUUAACGAACAUCUUUCUAAAAAAAUAAGUUGUAAAGCUCACACUUAAGUGCACCUCUCGCAUCAUAGCCUAAUAAUGUGGGUGUAGCGUACUUUUAGUUAGGGCACCUUUUUGCAUUUUUAGAACCUUUACUGACUCUCGCAACUCGACACCUUUGUAUAAGACUCUCCAUUUCUUUCAUUUCAUGCAUAUUUACAUAUACACGAGAAGAGGGUUGUUUUUCCAUUACAGGCAUUAAAGACCUUGGCUUCCCUUCUCAAUCCUCCUGAUCAUCACCAACAAAUAACUACCUGUGUGCCCUGUCGCGUUGUAUAACUGUUGCAUUAAAAAAAUAAUAAAAAGAGCAAAAACUUUGCCUAGCUUUACACACAGACAUGUAAAGCGUACUUCAACGAAGCAUUCCAUUCGAGAACACAAUAUAAUAUACAGCACUAAACUCGAGCUGGCGAUUGGUACAUAGGACACAAAAAGGACUAAAAAGCAUCAUAAGAGGAUACAAACAUAGUGGUUCUUGUUGAGUACAGCUUUUAUACCCAGGACGCUAUACAGUACAUAUACCAUUUAUUGGCCUAUACAACAACUUGUUAGUUCAUCCACCACACUUAUUAGCUCAUUUCCUUCAGUUUCAUCAGCAGCAUCAGCACCAGAGUCGUCGUCGGUCGUCUGAUUCCGAUCUGAUUCACUUCGAUGACGAAACUAAAACCAACCACCUAAUCUUCUAUCCGACAACAACUUUUAAGGAGAGUGAACAUUUAGGCUAAAUAACAGCAAAACUAUAAAAUACUGCUAAGCACAUCCUCUUCUUAACCUUCACCCAAUCUUCCAAUAAUAACUCCUACAUCCAUAAUUAUUAAUUAAUAAUAAUUUAACUCCAGUUAUUCAACGCCAAUUGCCCUGGCCUAAUUACAGUUGUGUUAAUUAUCACGUGUUAUUAUUACUGUCGUCGUCUUCUUCUAGUGGUGGUGACUCGCGAGUCUUGCCCCGUGUUUGUGAGUUAUUAAACGACGACGACUCAAGUGGUAAUUGCAAUCAGCUACAUCAGCAGCACCAACUCAUUAUUAUUCCCCUGCAAAUAAUAAAAAUAAGUGAGUGAACUGAACCACCGAGAGGUCUGAAUCACCCAUUCAGCAUAUUCGUCCAUCCAUCCAUCCACCACACAUAUACCAUUUCCCCCGAUCGAUUCUGGACUUUUUUGGUGACUAGAGCUUUGUCCCAGCACCAGAGGACACAGUCAUUCAUUACCGACCAAGCUGGAAGCAAGUGGACGACGACAAUUAAUAUUAUUAUAACUUUCCAACCACCGCACACAUCGCUUCGCUUGACGCCACUAAAAGCUCAUUCUGAUUCUGCAAGUGAAUGCAGAGCAAGAGCAAGCAAAACACGGGUUUUUCGGUCGUACUGAAACCAACAUACGGGGAGAAGGAGGGAGGUGAUUGGUCUUAACUUGAUCCUCGGUCGAUAUUUUUAACGUAAACGAGGAAGAACAGAACAGAGCUGGUGGUUACAACAGUUGACAACAACAAGUUCGCACAGGAUGAUCCGGGACUCGAAGCUCUAAGAAACUAAAUCGAAACAAAAAGACAUUUAAAACUAAAUUCCACCCCAUUCCAUUAGUGCAUUCGAACUGUUGAGCAAUAAACAAAUAGUAAAAUUUUUCUACCAGUUUUGUAUCCUUAUUCGUAUAACGAUCGUCUUGAAUUACAAAAACCUUGCUGGACAAAGGUUUCGUUCGAUAAUUUAAAAAAACAACGUUGAUCCGUUGACGCUGUGUGACGCGUUCGUUCUUCUGGUGACCUUUUGUCAUCUUCAAAUUACACAAAUCGCUGUCGUCGGUCGUUUGAUUGGUGUCAUCUGUCAGUCUUCAUCAUCAAUUUAUUCCCUAGCAGUUGGAUCGUUCUGAAAAAUUCAAAUCAUUAUGGGGACUUGUAAAGAGGAUUCACAAGAGCAGCCGGAAGCCAAUCAAGGGCCAAUCGUGGAAGAGAAUUUCAUAAACGGACCCCCAGCCUCCAGAACGGUUAUCGACAAUUUGAAGAAACUUUUAGUACAACGACAACAUUCCAGAGAAAGUGAUUAUGAGAACAAACAAAAGUCAACAUCAGGCUCAAAUUCUGACGCAGCCUUCUAUUCACAGUUUUCCACAUCUUCAUCAGAAUCCGACUCUGACUCGGAUACAUGUCUCAUUUUUGGGGACAUUUCCAACCAAAACCGGAAGGGUGGUAGUGGGGGUGGAGGAGGCAGAAGGCGACAUCGGAGGCAAAGGUCGUAUUCAUCAUCAACUUCUUCAUCCAAGUCUCCGGUAGAGAAACGACGACGCAAACCUACAAAAUCUCGAAAAGGGUUAACAAGUACCACUGAAGGUGGUGGAGGGUCACCUGUCAUUCCAACGUCGGGUGUCCAUCAAACCACUACCACCGCCAGCACCACAACGAGGGGGGACGAUUCUGCCAAUUCCACCUCUUCAAACAAAGACUCGUCGUCAUCCGACGGUGAAAAUGUGGCUCUCCUCUCCCCAACCAGCAACGCCACGACCACGAACAACAACAGCGACCCCCUCAACUCGUCCAGUGCGAAUCGUCUCCCCAAAUUUAGAAGUAGACGGGACCGAAACCGGAAACGAAGACGUUCUGAAACAAACUAUGCAAUUGAUCGCCCUACCAUAAUACCAACCAUUGUCAUUUCGCACAUUGAAGAUGACAAUGGUAACAACGUUAAUAAUUCAUCGACAAAUACCAAUAGUGCGAACCACGUCGCAGCAGGAGGAGCAGCCACUGUACAAAACCAGGCAGCUACUACAACUUGUACUCCUGUCGUGAAUAAUAAUGCUACAAACUAAAAUAAUUCCAUACUUCCUUGGAGGAUAUCUUUAACCAUAAUUCCAUAAAAUACAUUUCCAGGUGACUAGCUACCUAUAUAUACAAACAUAGAAAAGAUCUUGUAAGUUCGUAAGUUCUUGUAAGUAAGUUUUGGUUCUCAUAGGACUUAAUUUAGGAGAAGGUACACUAAUCCAGUUGGGCUUUCUUUUUUUGAUAAUAAUACACAAUGUCAUUAUUAUCAUAAUUUUGACAUUUUCUUAAUCAUUACUUUUUCUACAAUGUUUGUUUCACCGUGUCUUGUUAUAAAUAUCUUAGAGAUAGUGCUAUUUGUACGCAUAGUGUUUUACAUAUUUUGUAAAAAAAACUUUUAGAAUUUAUAAGUUGGUUCCUAAAUGAAUGAAACGUGUAUUACCCUACAACAACUACAAUAUAAAAAAUACGACCAGAGAGAAACUCAUCAUAAGAGAUUUUGAGCAAAAGGAAAAUUCUCAGUUUAGACAACAAUAGAUAGAUCCGGUUAAUAAUUAUUAAGAAAAGUAGAGUUAUAUAUAGCUCGAUGAUGAUGAGGUGUGACCAAUAUAAACUUCCUCAUUAACAGCAAAGAACAGAGGAAAGACAUAUUUUGGAAUAAUAAUAAACACAAAUGCCACAUCAUUAUAAAAGCAUAAACCAACCAAACAACAGAUACCAAUAUAUGUACCAGACAACAAUUAGCCUAAUUUACCUAAAAUACAAUAUUUGCGUUACAACCAAUAUCGAAAUUACAAAUUCAAUAACGGUCUAAAACCCAUAAAUGUAAACUCUUUCAACAACUUCACUUAUUAUAUAAACCCAGGUUUAGUCAUUUGCUAGCAGCAACAUUUAAGUACCGACCAGACGAGGAGAUAUCGACGACAAUGUUUGUUAUAAAUACCUACUUGUCACUUUUGAUUCUUAAAUUGGUCUAAUUCUAACACUGUUAUUUCAAAGCUUUUGUGCUAGACUAGUUGAUUAUUAUAUAACUUGAAACCGAUGACUUACGCAAAGUUUAGAAAUAAUUAGAAACCAUUAUUGUACCUAUACCCAACUAAUCUCCGUGCACUAGAUAACUAAAUCUUGAAACUAAACCCCGUGAAUUUUACCAUUGUCAAUAACUAUCAGUCCUGUCAUUAUUAACAACUAUUAUUGUUUAGCUUUACCAUUAUUUUACAGUACAGCUCACAGUACAAUUUAAUUUUGUAUAUAAUUAUCGUACAUCAUUUAUUUUAUAUUGAGUUUAUGACAAAUAAACAAGGAAUUAUUAUUCUGUA